AUGCCUCCAAAAAAAGGAGGAACAGGUGCACACAAACAAAUACAAAAUAGUAUUAAUUUUACUAGUGCACAACAAGGUCAAACAGCAGUAGCUGAUGUUGGAGGAACAAUGACGAUGAGUCAUAGUCCAAGAACAAUGGCUUCUGUAGGAACAAAGACUUCUUCAGGAACAAAGGCAGGACUGAAAAAGCAAUCAAAUUUUAGCACCGCUCCUCUAAUUCUAGAAGGCGUAAAGCUAAAUAAAUUACAAUUAAAUGAUGUCAUCAAGCAGCAUUUAAAGGACUUACGAAUUUCUGAUAUUCAGCUAAGUCGAGCAGGAAUUUUCACAUUAUAUGCAACCGAUGUCAGUUCAUUUAAUCGUCUAUUAAAUAAAUUGACACCAAUUCUUGCAACAAACGGUCAGACUACAGCAAAAAUAUAUGUACCUCGAUCUAUUCAACGUAUCAAAGAUACGGAAAAAGUCGCGUUUGUUAAAAAUGUCGACAUAGAAAUUCCUGAAAGUCGAAUAACUGAAGCAUUGAAGGAUGUUGGCCUUGAUGCUAUUGAUGUUGUUCGACUAACGAAUAAAGUUAAAAACAUACCAACCAAAACCAUCAAAAUCACAUUUAUUGAUCCACAAAAUCGAAACACCUUCGUACAUACUCGUCUACAAGUGGACUCAAUGCAUUUUAUUGCUGAACCAGCAAAUCAAAAUACUAAGCCGGUGCAAUGUUACUUAUGCCUUAAAUACAAUCAUGUGGCAAAAUACUGCAAAACAAAACAGCAGAUAUGUGUUCGAUGUGGUGAAAAUCAUCGUAUUGAUCAAUGUACUGCUGCUAGUGAUGGAUUAAAAUGCUGCAAUUGUAAAGGUAGUCAUUUAGCAACAUCAAACGAAUGUGCAACAUUUAAAGAACAAGAAAAGAGAAUGCAAAAUUUAAUUUAUCAAUAUUCAUCCGCAAAUAAACCAAUAACAACAGCACCAGCAAUACACGAUCUUAAUGAAUUUCCAUCAUUACCAAACAUCUUUCAACGUCAACAAGAACACCUACAUAAUGAAUUCUUCGAUGAAAUUAUUAAUGCAUUAAGCAGCAAAAUGGAAAAAAUCAUCGAAAAAACAACAGGUCGAUUAUUCAAGAACCUGCAACAGAAGAUCAAGAAAAUCGAAAAGUCGAUCGGCACUCACGGCAACAACCAAGAAGAUGCUUUAACUGUCUCUGAUUCUGAUUCAAAUGAAGAAGGUCAAGUAGUUAAGCAUAUCAACAACAAACAAAAACAAAAUGCACAAACAUCCAAAUCAACCACUUCAUCGAUCGAUAUUUUAGCUAAACCAACAAUAACUUCAAAAAUAGCCUCAUCGAAACCACCACAAAAGCAAAAAGAAGCAACAAAGUCGACCAAGAGAGUUCGCUCUCCUAACAGCUCUUUAGAUGCAUCGACAUUUGAUAGCAAAGAUCUCAAAACAAGCAACAAUGAUGAUUAG